CAAGCGAGUGCGCCGGCGUUCAAGGGUAAUCCGAAACCUUCGACUUUUCGACACCCCACGACGCUCACCCUUUCGACAACACCCAUUCUCAGUCGACAAGAAUAAUCCAAGAUGGGUAAAGGAAAGCCCCGUGGUCUCAACGCCGCCCGCAAGCUCGAGGCGCACCGCAAGGAGCAGCGCUGGGCCGAUCUCCACUUCAAGAAGCGCCUCCUCGGAACUGCCUUCAAGUCCUCUCCCUUCGGUGGUGCUUCCCACGCCAAGGGUAUCGUCCUGGAGAAGGUCGGUGUUGAGGCCAAGCAGCCCAACUCCGCUAUCCGCAAGUGUGUCAAGGUCCAGCUCAUCAAGAACGGCAAGAAGGUCGCUGCUUUCGUCCCCAAUGACGGUUGCUUGAACUUCAUCGACGAGAACGACGAGGUUCUCCUGGCCGGUUUCGGUCGUAAGGGCAAGGCCAAGGGUGAUAUUCCCGGUGUCCGUUUCAAGGUCGUCAAGGUCUCCGGUGUCGGUCUCGCCGCUCUGUGGAAGGAGAAGAAGGAGAAGCCUCGCUCUUAAACGGAGAGCUCCAUCAAAAGCAAAAUGUGGUGGAUGGGGAAGGGGAAAUGGAGUCUUGCGGGGUCGGUGCCGGACAGAAAGCCCGUCUUCAUCAGCGCCGGGAUUUCAUGAGAACUUUUUUUUGGGAAUAACUAUCCCGGGCGGGCUUUCGUCUGGAUUCAUGUGUGCGAAUUAACACGAUUUGAGAUACAAUUCCAAAAAGAUGGCGCUAUGAUCUUUUCUUACCUGAGGGCUAUAUAUGGCCUGCUUUGAGCUUCGUGAUUCGAACCACACGUAGAAUUCCGGUUCGAAGUGUAUACGUGAACUCGGUUGUAUCUUAAAAGGCUUCGGCCUCUUGCGCAGGCCAGCUCAGAACCCUGCCUGACUCGCUUCGCCCAACAAGGCUGUCUAUGCAUCCUUAUUCCUACCUCGACCUGCGCUACAUUGGACUCGGAUGUUUAGUUUCAGAUCAUACGUUUGAC